AUGGGAAACCUAAGUCAGCGCCGCAUAGGCAUCCAAAUCUCCGACCGCUGCGCCACCACCGCACCCUACUUUUUUUUCUUUUCUACAGCUGAAGACGCAGUGCUUCAGCAUCGGUGGUCAUCUACAGUGCUCGAUAUUAUCCCGGGACCCUGCUCUGGGCACUUCUCUUUGGCACGCCCUUCUGGCAGACACUCGCCACACACCUUCCCACAUAUCGAACCGGGUUACAUCCAUUCGAGCGGUCAAAACGCCACACCGACACUACAUGAGUGCCCUCCGGAAUACCUUGCAUCAUUGUCCCGCAAGCACGCCCCUGUUCCCGCUCUAACUGUCACACUUGGCUCAGAAAUGACCUCUCACAAAGAAGAACAUUUGGGUUAG